AUGGGCCACACAAUCCCUCCCUUAAAAGAUAAAUCCCUUUUCAUCGAGAAGGCAUAUGUCAAUGGCGAAUGGGUUGGGGCACAAUCUGGACAGACAUUCGAAGUUCAUGACCCAUCCGAUGGCAAGGUUAUUGGCACCUGCCCAGAAUUCACCGCUGCCGACACAGAAACGGCCAUCAAGGCUGCCGCCGCCGCUUUCCCCAGUUUCCGCAAGACGCUUGCUCGGGAGCGAGCCCGCAUGUUGCGAAGAUGGUAUCAGUUAAUGAUAGACAAUGCAGAUGAUUUGGCGACCCUGAUUACCUGGGAAAACGGCAAGCCUCUUGCUGACGCGAAAGGUGAAGCCACCUACGCUGCGAGCUUUUUCGAGUGGUUUAGCGAGGAGGCUCCUCGUAUCUACGGUGAUACCAUACCGGCAUCUGUUCCCGGAAACCGAAUUAUCACGCUAAGAGAGCCGGUCGGUGUUUGCGGUCUCAUUACCCCCUGGAAUUUUCCUGCUGCUAUGAUCACACGUAAGAUCGGGCCUGCUCUGGCGGCAGGCUGCACCGUGGUUGUAAAGUCUCCAGGCGAGACUCCAUUCACAGCUAAUGCUCUAGCUGAGCUCGCCUCGCGCGCUGGUAUUCCCAAGGGUGUUGUGAACAUUGUAACGGCAGACAAGAAUGUGGCUGAAGUUGGAGAAAUCCUGACCACACACCCGGACAUUCGCAAGGUCUCUUUCACUGGAUCCACAAACGUCGGCAGGCUACUCAUGAAGCAAGCAUCUUCAACUGUCAAGAAAGUCUCCUGGGAGCUUGGUGGGAAUGCCCCAUUCAUCGUCUUUGACGACGUCAAGGAUCUUGAUGCUGCCGUCACUGGAGCUAUCACGUCCAAGUUUCGUAGCUCAGGGCAAACCUGCGUGUGCGCGAAUCGUAUCUAUGUGCAAAGGGGAAUUUACGAUGAGUUCGUCACCAAGUUUACCGAAAAAGUCCGAGGCUUCAAACUUGGACCUGGAUUUGAAGAAGGCAUUACUCACGGCCCUGUCAUUCAUUCUCGUGCAAUUGCCAAGGUCGAACAACAUGUGCGAGAUGCAGAGUCCAAGGGCGCCAAAAUCACCGUCGGUGGGCAGAGAGCACCUGAGCUCGGCGAAAAUUUCUACUACCCUACUGUCUUGUCACAUAUGACUAAGGAUAUGCUCGUGGCUUCUGAGGAAACCUUUGGUCCUGUUGCAGGCCUGUUCCCAUUUGAUACCGAAGAGGAUGUCAUCAAGCUUGCCAACCAAGCUGAGGUUGGCUUGGCUGCGUAUUUCUUCUCUAGCGACGUGAGACGGUGCUUCCGUGUCGCUGAAGCGUUGGAGGUCGGUAUGGUUGGUGUCAAUACCGGUCUCGUCAGUGACGUCGCUUCACCAUUCGGAGGUGUCAAGCAAAGCGGUUUCGGUCGUGAGGGAAGCAAGUAUGGUAUUGAGGAGUUCAUUACCACAAAAUCAGUUACGUUUGGAGGCAUCACCGAGCCUGGUUUGUAA